UGGUCCCCCCGGCGGCGCCGCCGCAUCAUGGCCAAGACCGUGGCCUAUUUCUAUGACCCGGAUGUGGGGAACUUCCACUACGGGGCCGGUCAUCCCAUGAAGCCACACCGCCUGGCAUUGACCCACAGCCUAGUGCUACACUAUGGCCUCUACAAGAAGAUGAUCGUCUUCAAGCCGUACCAGGCGUCCCAGCAUGACAUGUGCCGCUUCCAUUCGGAGGAUUACAUUGACUUCCUGCAGCGCGUCAGUCCCAAUAACAUGCAGGGCUUCACCAAGAGCCUCAAUGCCUUCAACGUCGGGGAUGACUGCCCCGUGUUCCCCGGCCUCUUCGAGUUCUGUUCCCGUUACACCGGGGCUUCUCUCCAGGGAGCGACCCAGCUGAACAACAAGAUCUGUGACAUUGCCAUCAACUGGGCCGGGGGGCUGCACCACGCCAAGAAGUUUGAGGCCUCGGGCUUCUGCUAUGUCAACGACAUUGUGAUCGGCAUCCUGGAACUGCUGAAGUACCACCCGCGGGUCCUGUACAUCGACAUCGACAUCCACCACGGUGACGGCGUGCAGGAGGCCUUCUACUUGACGGACCGCGUCAUGACCGUUUCCUUCCACAAGUACGGGAACUACUUCUUCCCUGGCACAGGCGACAUGUACGAGGUCGGGGCAGAAAGCGGUCGCUACUACUGCCUCAAUGUGCCCCUGAGGGACGGCAUUGACGACCAGAGUUACAAGCACCUGUUCCAGCCUGUCAUCAACCAGGUGGUAGAUUUCUACCAGCCGACGUGCAUUGUGCUGCAGUGUGGAGCCGACUCCCUGGGAUGUGACCGGCUGGGCUGCUUCAACCUCAGCAUCCGCGGGCACGGGGAGUGCGUGGAAUACGUCAAGAGCUUCAACAUUCCCCUGCUGGUGCUGGGGGGAGGGGGCUACACCGUCCGCAAUGUCGCCCGUUGCUGGACCUAUGAGACGUCCCUGCUUGUGGAGGAACCCAUCAGCGAGGAGCUGCCUUACAGUGAGUACUUUGAGUAUUUUGCCCCCGACUUCACGCUCCACCCAGACGUCAGCACCCGCAUCGAGAACCAGAACUCACGCCAGUACCUCGAUCAGAUCCGCCAGACCAUCUUCGAGAACCUGAAGAUGCUGAACCACGCGCCCAGCGUCCAGAUCCACGACGUGCCCUCCGACCUGCUGAGCUUCGACCGGACGGACGAGCCGGACCCCGAAGAGCGGGGUCCCGAGGAGAACUACAGCAGGCCGGAGGCUUCCAAUGAAUUCUACGAUGGAGAUCAUGACAAUGACAAAGAGAGCGACGUGGAGAUCUGAGGGGCUAGCAGCAGAGCUCCUGGUUCCCCCAAGGCCUUAGAGCCAGGCUUGGGGAACUAUCUGGUUCUUGGCCCGGAGGCGGGGAGAGGGGGGACGGCGUGGUUCCCUGACUUUCUGUACCUCCUCCGGCCUCUCCAUGACCCACCAUCUCCUUGAGGUGGAGGUCAAGGAAUGCGGCUGAGGUCAGCCUUGCCUCCCCUCCUUCCCACUUCCCAGGUCCUUCGAGUCCAGGGUCUGGGCGGGCUCCAAGGCCCUGGCUUUGACCUGGGCGGGCCCAGGCCCCUGCCCCAGCCCCGCUCCCAGGUCACACACUAUUGAUUCGGGCCGAGAAUAGCUCAACUGCGGGCAGAAGUGGGGCAGGUCGUGGGCAGGCCCCAAGGCUCUGGCUCUGUCCUGCGUGGGAUGUGGGGAGGGAAGUUCCCAAAGGCAACUAAGGUCAGAUGGGACCCUAGGAUUCCUUUGGGCCCCUCCUUGGUCCUCCACACCCCUUUCCUCUCGUGGUCUAGGCUGUUCAGGCCUGAGGAGAAGCAGUCUCCUUGGGGAUGGGGAGAGGGAGUGGGUAGGGCUAAGUCUGUUCUCUCCCCCUCAACUUCCCCUGCCACCUCACUGCAGCUACAGAUUGCUCGGCCUGACAUUCCCCUCACCCUGCCCCUCUCUCCCUCCCUUCCUGCAGGCCUGGGUUUCCUCCAUCCCUGGGUGGGAUCAGGCGGACCUUGGCUGUGGGGGAGGGAGGGGGGUGACCUCCGUCCCCUCUGGGUUAAUGUCCAUUUCACCACUUUUUAUCCAAUAAAGCAAGUCGGUAUUUUUCUUA